CAGGGGCGAAAACCUCCCGGUGCUUGGGGAAGGGAGGGCUGAGAUUCCCCCGAAGGUUGUGGGUCCCAGGGGACCCCACGUCAUUGCCUUUCCAAGGAGUGUCACGUCGGGGAGCACAGGCCAGCCCUGGGGAGCAGUGAGGCCUGAAUGGAAGUUGCUAGUGACUGAUAGCGUUGCGGGGUGUAAGGGCGCUGAGGCCGUCACUCCUUGAGCGAGCUGCUUCCGGUCCUACCCCGGCAGGGGUGUGUAGGAAUAACCCAGCUUUGAUCUGGUGUAGGGAGUCCUGGGCACUGGGAUCCCAGGGUUUCUGCUCUGAGCUAAACUCCUAAGGCCCCUGGAAGAGGGCAAAACUCAGCAGAAACACAGGAGCCAACUGAGAAAAGGAAUAUUGAGUUCUUGGCUGAGGGUAAGCAUCCUAAGGGCCUUGACCCUAAGAGACGGUUACCUUUGGGGUGAGGACAGAAUUUUUGUGAGGCUGGAGCAGGGGUGGGGCCUGGGAGAAGCAGCUGGAGAAAUGAACACAGGCAUACCAUUUUAGGCCUUGAUCUGACUGUGCCUAAAAGUGGUGGGGAGGCCCCAUUGAGCAGUUUUAAGCAGGGGAAUGUCUUGGGUAAACGGGAGGUUAAAAAGCUCAAGUGAAAUCACCUGCUGUGCCUUCCAGAGUGACUUGUCUAAUGCUUCAAUUCUCAAGUUCUGUGUGCAUUCAAACUUUAAACCCUUAUUCAUGUCUCUCCAGGUAAAUAGGUACCUGGGUAAAUAGGUACCUACAGAUUGAAAUAUCCUUACCACUGUCAGUGGUUCUCCGAGCUCAGAAGGUGGAACCCUAGCCCCUCAGGUGCCAAAGCCUCACUCCCCAUAUCAGCCAGCCUGGUUGAUUUUGACUUAAUAUAUGUGACACCUGUCUGUUUUUCUACCUUUAUUUCGGUCAUGCAAGGCCCUGCAGUUGUCUCCCAGACCCCCCACUGUAGCAUUGUCUGUAGCCAGUCCUUGAGCCUUUCAGUUCCUUUUCCAGCCAGACUUGCUAUUUUCUCUUCCAAGAAAGGGUCACUUCCCGCUUGUCCCCUGCCUGAUCUUCUGGCUAAUCAUGAACAUAUCUUCAAGGUGACCUCCCCUGGCACUGGUAGGCUGUAGAGUAGAGUAGAGCAGGACCUCUCAGCCUGGGCACUGGUGACACUUUGGAUCAGAUCAUUCGGUGAGUGAAGGGUUGGUGCAUUUGUGCAUGGUAGGAUGUUCAGCAGUAUCCCCAGUCUCCACUCCUAGGCACCAAUAGUCGGUGCCCAGUGUGACAACCAAAAAAUGUCUGCAAAUUACUUCUCAGCCUUUAGCUAAUGUCAGGUGUACAGUGUGUCUGCAGCUGUUGCUAAAUACCUGAUGGUGGGGAAGCUGCUCCCUUGCUAACAGCCACUGGAGUAGGCGUUUCCAUUUUCUUUUUUUCUAUCCCUUCCCCCACCCAUUUUAUUUUAAAGCAACUAUAUAUUCUUUCCUGGAAUUUACCAAAAUUACAAUUUUGUAGUUAACCUGUGUGAUGUUUUUAAUGUCUGCCUAAUCCAUAAGAGCAGAGUCUGUGCUUGUUUUAUUCACUACUGUAGCAUAUUGUUCUUUGGUUUAUUAUCAGUUCUCAACACAUGUUCAUAAAAUAUUGAUUAAGAUUGCUAGGACUGGUAUGAGGGGCAAUUACUAUCACUUCAGGUUAACAGAUCACACUGGUGGGGAACAUUUGCAAAAUCUUUAGAAAAUGAAAUCCACAGAAUUUGGAGAUAGAAUUUGUGUGAAACUAAGAAGGGAAAGCUGUGCACUCCUUGGUCUGGCCUGGGGGACGGACAGAGGAUGGUAAUAGUCAUCCAGGGAACCUGAAGAGGUAGCAAGAGUGGAGGUACCCAUGGCCAGAGGCAUCUUCUCAGCCAGAAGGCAUCUGAGGGUCCAUUUCUGGAGACAUCUGGGUUGGUCUGGGUGUAUGAGUUCUGUUGCGUGUGUACGGGAUACAUGAGCUGCCCUAAAAGCAGGUGAGUAGUCAUGUGGAAGGAGCUGCUGGACAAGCCUCAGAAAGUACCAGUAUGCAGGAGAGACUGAGGAAAGGGGAGGAGAAAAAUUAGAACAUAUAUCUUAGAAGAGAGGAAAAGAGGGUUUCCUUGGCCUAAAUUCAUGUCUUUAUUGUAGCCAGACUUCAUACCCUUGAUACCUGUCUCCUCUCCUCCCCAGGACGUGAUGUGUUGCUGCUGGGCUGGCGCUAAGUCUAGACUUCCAUACACUGGGAGAGGCUCCAGCCACCCAGAAACAGGCCCAAGGUCUUCAGCCUAAGCCUCUGCCAUUAAAGUUGGGGCUGCCUCUUAGUUCUCUCCAUCCAUAAUGAAUAUGCGCACAUCUUAUUAAGACCCCUGGAAAUCAGGAUCAUGCUGUCACCCCAAGGCGAGGGGCCGGAUGUCCUGGUGUACAGCUUGGAUUUUGGUGGACAUCUGCGGAUGAUGAAGCGAGUGCAGAACCUGCUUGGCCACUACCUUAUCCAUGGGUUCCGGGUACGACCAGAGCCCAACGGAGACAUUGACACAGAGGCUAUGGUGGCUGUGUUUGGGAGCAAGGGACUUCGGAUUGUGAAAAUUAGCUGGGGGCAGGGCCGCUUCCGGGAGCUCUGGCGCUCUGGCCUAUGGAACAUGUCUGAUUGGAUCUGGGAUGCACGUUGGCUUGAGGGAAACAUGGCCUUGGCCCUGGGCCACAACUCAGUGGUGCUAUAUGACCCUGUGGUAGGGUGUAUCAUGCAGGAAGUGCCCUGCACAGACAGAUGCACCCUCUCCUCAGCCUGUCUGAUCGGAGACACCUGGAAGGAGUUAACCAUAGUAGCAGGUGCUGUUUCCAAUCAGCUGCUGGUCUGGUACCCAGCAACCGGUUUAACAGACAAGCCUGUGGCCCCUGACCGGAGAGUCAGUGGGCAUGUGGGUGUCAUCUUCAGCAUGUCAUACCUGGAAAGUAAGGGCUUGCUGGCCACAGCUUCCGAAGAUCGAAGUGUUCGCAUCUGGAAGGUGGGUGACCUACGAGUGCCUGGGGGUCGGGUGCAGAAUAUUGGGCACUGUUUUGGGCACAGUGCCCGUGUGUGGCAGGUCAAGCUCCUAGAGAAUUACCUUAUCAGUGCAGGAGAGGACUGUGUCUGCUUGGUAUGGAGCCAUGAAGGUGAGAUUCUCCAGGCCUUCCGGGGCCACCAAGGCCGCGGGAUCCGGGCCAUAGCUGCGCAUGACAGACAGGCCUGGGUGAUCACUGGGGGUGAUGACUCAGGCAUCCGUCUGUGGCAUCUGGUAGGACGUGGAUAUCCAGGUUCAGGGGUAUCUGCUCUCUGCUUCAAAUCCCGUAGCAGGCCAGGUACCCUCAAGGCUGUGACACUGGCUGGCUCAUGGCGACUUCUGGCUGUGACUGACACAGGCUCCUUGUACCUCUAUGAUCUUGAGGUCAAAUGCUGGGAACAGCUGCUCGAGGACAAGCGCUUUCAGUCCUACUGCCUCCUAGAGGCAGCCCCUGGUCCUGAGGGAUUUGGACUGUGUGCCAUGGCCAGUGGGGAGGGGCGUGUCAAGGUUGUCCCCAUCAACACUCCAACUGCAGCUGUGGACCUGACCCUUUUCCACGGCAAGGUGCACAGCCUGAGUUGGGCCCUGCGUGGUUACGAGGAACUUCUUUUGCUGGCAUCAGGCCCCGGUGGGGUGGUGGCUUGCCUGGAGAUCUCAGCUGCACCCUCUGGCAAGGCCAUCUUUGUCAAGGAACGUUGCCGGUACCUGCUUCCUCCAAGCAAGCAGAGAUGGCACACCUGCAGUGCCUUCCUACCCCCUGGUGACUUCUUGGUAUGUGGGGACCGCCGGGGCUCUGUGUUGUUGUUCCCCACCAGACCGGGACUGCUCAAGGACCUUGGAAUUGGCGGCAAAGCUGGGGCUGGUGCUGGAGCACCUGGAGUGGGUAGUGGUAGUGGUGAGGGUGAGGAUGCCGUGGCUGAGUGGGGCCCUGUAUCCACCCUUCCUUCUCUGCAUGGGAAGCAGGGUGUUACCUCGGUCACCUGCCACAGUGGCUACGUCUACACUACAGGUCGUGAUGGCACCUACUACCAGCUGUUUGUGCGAAGCGGCCAGCUCCACCCAGUCCUAAGGCAGAAGUCCUGUCGCGGCAUGAACUGGGUGGCUGGGCUCCGCAUUAUGGCUGAUGGGAGCAUGGUCAUCUUGGGUUUUCAUGCCAAUGAAUUUGUUGUGUGGAGUCCCAGAUCGCAUGAAAAGCUACACAUCAUCAACUGUGGUGGAGGGCAUCGGUCCUGGGCCUUCUCUGAUACUGAAGCAACUAUGGCCUUUGCCUACCUCAAGGAUGGGGACGUCAUGUUGUACCGGGCUCUGGGUGGCUGCACCCGACCACAUGUGAUUCUCCGGGAGAGUUUGCAUGGUCGCGAGAUCACUUGUGUAAAGCGUGUGGGCACCAUCACCCUGGGGCCUGAGUAUGGGGUGCCCAACUUCAUGCAGCCUGACCAGUUGGAGCCUGGCAGCGAAGGACCCGGCCUGACUGACAUUGUGAUCACGUGCAGUGAGGACACCACUGUCUGUGUCCUGGCGCUCCCCACAGCCACUGGCUCAGCUCAUGCGCUUACAGCUGUUUGUAACCAUAUUUCUUCUGUGCGUGCGCUGGCUGUGUGGGGUGUUGGCACCCUAGGUGGCUCUCAGGAUCCUCGACCAGGCCUUACUGCUCAUGUGGUAUCUGCUGGGGGCCGGGCUGAGAUGCACUGCUUCAGCAUCAUGGUCACUCCAGACCCCUGCACCCCAAGCCGUCUCGCCUGCCAUGUCAUGCACCUGUCAUCCCACCGGCUAGAUGAAUACUGGGACCGGCAGCGCAAUCGACACCGGAUGGUCAAGGUGGACCCAGAGACCAGGUACAUGUCCCUAGCAGUUUGUGAGCUCGACAGGCCCGGCCUUGGCCCCCUUGUGGCUGCUGCCUGCAGUGAUGGAGCGGUGAGGCUCUUUCUUUUACAGGACUCUGGACGUCGGCUGCAGCUUCUAGCUGAAACCUUCCACCACAAGCGGUGUGUCCUCAAGGUCCACUCCUUUACUCACGAAGCACCCAACCAACGGCGGAGGCUGUUCCUGUGCAGUGCAGCCACUGAUGGCAGCUUGGCCUUCUGGGAUCUCACCACUAUACUGGAUCAUAGCUCCACUGCCUUGGAGCCUCCAGCUGAUCCUGGACUUCCCUAUCAGCUGGGCACCCCAUGCCUGACCCUCCAGGCUCACAGCUGUGGUGUCAACAGCCUGCAUUCCUUGCCCACACGUGAGGGCCAUCUCAUAGCCAGUGGCAGUGAAGAUGGCUCCCUUCAUAUCUUUGUGCUUGCUGUGGAGAUGCCAGAGCUGGAAGAGGCUGUCGGAGGUGCUGAGCUGCUGCCCCACUUGCAUGUGCUAGAGGAAUACUCUGUCCCCUGUGCACAUGCUGCCCAUGUGACAGGCCUCAAGAUCCUAAGUCCAAGCCUCAUGGUUUCAGCCUCCAUUGAUCAACGACUGACCUUCUGGCGUCUGGGGCAUGGUGAACCCACCUUCAUGAACAGUACAGUGUACCAUGUACCAGACGUGGCUGACAUGGACUGCUGGCCUGUGAGCCCUGAGUUUGGCCACCGCUGUGCUCUUGGGGGCCAGGGGCUUGAGGUUUACAAUUGGUAUGACUGAGGUAUCCCGUGGCAGCUGGCAUCCUGGGCAUGGGGCCUGCUUGUGGACAGAGGGGAGCAGGAGUAACUGUGCCUCUGCCCAUCAUGCCUUAACGGGAAGGGGCAGCUGCAGGCCCUUGGUUUUUCAGAGCAGGAGCUGGAGGUGAGUAGAGUGCUACCCGGCCAACCAAGAAGAUGCCCCAUCCCCUAGGUAGGACAAAGCUUUGAAACAGAAGCAGUUUAUUUUGGUUCCAGGUCCCUAGCAAAAUCUGUGGGCUUUUAAAAUUCUCCCUCAGUUGAUGACUUUGUGGCCACUCCCAGAUACUGGGGCCUCUGGGGCCUUAGAUGUGGCUCAGUGGGGGCAGACCCAGCAGGGCCAGGCCAGUGUGCAGCACUUCACGCACAGCCUGCAGAAGCUGCAGACGGGCAAACAUCUGACCAAACAGGUGUGGUUGAGGCUCCUGGAGGAGAAAAGUGUCCCACUGGUCCAUCCUCUGCCUCCCCCCCCCCCCGUGCUGCCCCCUCCCCCCGCCCCCCCCCCCCCCCGUGCGCCUCCCCCCCCCAUUGUGUGCUGCUUACCCCUAGGAUGUGUACACGGUUAUAGUAUGAGCUGAAGUCCAUGCUGAGCUGCACCAAGAACUUGCACACCUAGAGACAGAAACCGAGUCACUGGCCUGUCUUUUGUUGUUGUUUCCCAAACCAUAAUAAAGACUCGAGUG